AUGAGCGACCGUGAGAGAGAUUUAGACAAAUAUGUGCAGGAAAAAAUAAAUGAGUGUGUUGAAAAUCUGAGGGAAAUGGAGGAGAUAGAGAAUCAAUUGCAACAGUCUUGCGGUCAUUUCACCACAUCAUAUACUUAUGAUAUCGACUCGUGGCUUAAAAGAUGGAAGAGAAGUCGGGAAACAAAUCUAGAAUGCUACACUUAUGUACUUGGCAGCUUUGGUCAGAGGUUGCACUACAUAAAAGUCGGAGACCGAGUGACUAUAUUACAACGGUGUAUGGAAUACAAAGAGUCCAAGUUGAGAUUAUUGGAUACUAGUCCUUCAGAUGUUGAUCCAUCACAACUCCAAGCUCUGCAUGAAGAACAUCUUCAGGACGAUGUAGACUUACUGGAACAGCAUUUAAAGCUCGCAAGACUGAGAUUUUGCAAAACUCACGGGAAGUUAUCCGAAUCGGUUAGCUUGUGCUCGGAAUGCUCAGACCAGGAAGAAUGGAGCAACAUUGGUUUAGGGUUUUGCUCAUGUUGCCAGAAGAGCUUGGCAGAUAAACCCUACCCUAAUUACUUGCUUAUCAAGUCAUCAAUUUGGGGGAACACUCUGUGUGACAGAGAGAACAGGGGAUUGAUCUUGGAGAUGAUAGAUGAUGACAAAAUUGGAGAUCUGUUCGAGACACAGAGAGAGUCUGAUCCCUUAGCGUUCUUCAGCGAGAAAGCAGAUGAUGAAGAAGAAGAAGAAGAAGAAGAAGAAGAAGAAGAAGAAGAAGAAGGAAAGAGACAAGAGCAGCAGCAAAAUGGUGAAGUGAUCUCAGAUGCUGAGAGCUAUGGUUUAAGCCUGAGAGAAGUUUCUGAAGAAGAUGGGUUGAGAUCAAUCAUCAGCAAUAAAAUUCUUGGGAACGAAGAAGAAGAAAUCCCAGAAGGUAAAUCAAGAGUUUCAGAGGAUGAACAAAGUGAUGAUGACACAGGCAUUGCUUCCGCAUGUGUGGACGAUAAAAUUUCAGGGCGUGUGGAAGAAGAAGACAAAGAAAAAACAGAAAGAUCAGUUUUGUUGGAUGAUCAAUUUCAGACCAAGAAUGAAGCUUUUGUCAUCGAAGAUCUCUCUGUCGGAUUUGAUCCUAUUUUAACAGGUAGCCAAAAUGAAGAAAAGACAACGGAGCUUCCGCAAACACCUACUAAUACCUUAUUGCACAAGAAACUUCAUUUUCUUGCCAAUAAUGAGUCUGAAGAUGCAGGAGAUGGGAGAGUAGCAGUAGUGAGUGAGAUGGACGGUGGCGAUCCUGUAAGGACAAUCGAACGGCUGAGAGAGACUGUGAGAGCAGAGCAAGAAGCACUGAGAGGUUUAUAUGCAGAGCUGGAAGAAGAAAGAAGCGCGUCUGCAAUAGCAGCUAACCAGACAAUGGCGAUGAUCACGAGGCUACAAGAAGAGAAGGCUAAAGUUCAGAUGGAGGCGUUGCAGUAUCAGAGAAUGAUGGAGGAACAAGCUGAGUAUGAUCAAGAAGCCUUGCAGCUUUUGAAUCAUCUGAUGGUAAAAAGAGAGAAAGAGAAGGAAGUGCUCCAGAGAGAGCUUGAGGUUUAUCGAGAGAAGGUUUUGGAGUAUGAGAAGAACAAAAUCAGAACUACGAAAAGCCAUUGCGAGGCUGUUGAUGAUGAUGAUGAUGAUGAUGAUGAUAAAAAUGAGGAUAACGCUUCUGAGACGGAUGUUGAUUUGGAGAAGAUAACAUUGGAUUGUGUAAAACAUAUGAGCAUGCUUGAUGAGUCUCUAUCAGAGUUUGAGGAAGAGAGGUUAGUGAUCUUGGAUCAGCUUAAGGUGUUAGAGGACAGGUUAGUAACAAUGCAGGACAAUGAAUCUCCAGGAGAAUUCAGCAAUAGUUAUGAAGAUGAAGGAGUAACAAUGGCAUCAAUGGCAAAGAGUCUGCUUCCUCUUCUAGACGCAGCAGAGGACGAAUCAGAAGACGGUUAUCAAGAACUACUACCGGAGUCUUCGGAAAGAGAGAAGCUAGAGAUCAUCAAACAAGUUGAUAGCGUCUACGAGAGGCUACAGGUGCUGGAAACAGAUGGUGAGUUUCUGAAAAACUGUAUGAGUUCGGAGAAGAAAGGUGACAAAGGAACGGAUCUUCUUCAAGAUAUAUUGCAACAUCUCCGUGAUCUCAGAACCAUUGAACUCACUGACACAAUAGAAAAACAAGACAACACAGGAUGA